AUCAUUUAUACUCUUCGGUUUGGGAAUCGCAUUGAUCUACACGACCGGAGCUUACACUGGUUUGAUCAUGUACUCGCAGUACAAGGACUGCGAUCCUUUCAAUUCCAAGCAAAUCCAAGCACAUGACCAAUUAGUCACCUACUACAUCCUGCACGUGGCCAACAACGUUCCAGGCUUCGUCGGACUUUUCAUUGCUGGAGUCUUCAGCGCUUCUCUAAGUUCUUUAUCAGCGAUUAUGAAUUCGUUAGCUUGCACCAUCUACACGGAUUUAGUGUCUAGUAAAGUGAGGAUAUUCUCCCAAAAGAACAGCGAGUUGAUUUUGAAGUCCAUAGUCGUUGUUAUCGGAGUAACAAGCACUGGCUUAGUCUUCGUUAUAGAGAGGAUGGGAAGCGUUUUACCGGUGAUGUUCGGAUUCAGCGCAGUUUCAGCUGGUCCAAUUUUGGGGCUCUUCUGUUUAGGAAUGUUUGUUCCUUUCGCCAACACGAAAGGCGCUUUGUGCGGUAUUUUAGGCUCUCUAUCAACUAUGGUUGUGAUUUUUACCGGAUCGCAGUAUUACAAAAUGAGCAAAAACUUGGUGUACGAGACGAAACCUUUAUCCACGGAGGGAUGCAUUCAUCCAUUCAAUGUGACCACCCUCGGGCGAGAAACGUUCGGUAACGAAGCGCCGUUUAUAUUUAGUAUAUCGCAUUAUUAUAAUACGCUAAUUGGUGCAGCUCUCGUCUUCUUGAUAGGAGUGCCAAUUAGUUUGUACUUUAGGAGCGAUAAUUGCAAAGUGGAUAAGAAAUUGUUGAGUCCUUUAAUACGCGGCAUCUAUAAACAGGAGGUCGUUGACAAACAGUACACGCUAAUUCCCUUGAAGAGAGGCCAAGACAACGUUUGAGCAGUAUUUAUUUGUACUUAUUUAUA